CACUAUUGUUACUUAGGUGUUAUUUAAAAGAAACUUCAUUAUUUUAGCUAUACAACCGGUUAAAAGAAAGAAAUGUGGACUUAGUUUACUUUUACUCUGAUUUUUUUUUGCCGCAAUUCGAUCAAGUCCAACUAUUAACCCAUUUAGUCCCACUGGUGUAAAAACGCACUAGCGUUUUUAAAAUUAUUUUACAGCCAUACAUUUCCAAAUUUAAAGGUGUUAGCUGUUUGUACGAUAUCAGUAUAAGGUUGUUAGGCUAUACAUAUCAAAAUAUUUCAUAAUUCUUGCUAUUUAAACCAUAUUUACAUCAAUUCUUUUCUAUUGAACAUUUCUGUUCAAAGUAUACAAUGAAAAUAAAACUAUUUUUAGUGCAUAAAAUUCUUCAAAAUUUUUUCAUUUGCAAGUUUUUAGUGCAUACUUUCCUCAUAUAUAUCUUGAAACGCGAAAUAAAAAUAUGGAUUCUGAAAAUACGACUUGAAACAUUAAUGGUGCAAAAACGCACCAUUGAGACGAUGUAUGAAGAGAUAUAAGGAUUGCAUCAUCUUUCGUAUUAUUUGAAACCAGUUUAGACGCGUCUGUUAGGUGAAUUUCCGAACGAAUUUAGUCAUUUAUGGAAUACUGCGUUAAGAGUGUGUUUUUGUGCAAAAUGUCUCUGUUUCUCACAAAAAGGGAAUUAGAUGCUUCUCUAGAAGAAAUUGUUAAUGAACUGGAAAUAGAGAAAAAGGGAGGUAAUUCUUAUAUUAUUUUGUUGUGGUUUAAAAUUUAUUUUUAUUCGAUAUUGACUUUAGCCGUCGUGGAUGCUGUUUAUAUUCCUCCUCCUGUUGACUACCUAACAGAUGAGGAGUGUAUAGACGACGAAAAUUUAAUGUCUAUGAAUUGUCCUCAGGACAUAGACAUCGCCGAUACUUACGAGGUACAAGUACCCAAUGCAGACAAAUAUAAUUCCUCAGACGAUGAGUUCCUCGCGGUGAAACAACGCCGUCUUAUGAAGGAAAAAGAAAAUAGAUUUGAUAUAAAAUGGAAAAAAAGUCAGAUCGAUUACACACACUUCGCAUUAUCAAUCGAAUCUUUAGAUCAUGAUGUUCUUCGAGAAAAACUUGUGGAAAAGACGCCUUUGGAAUUAUUUUUUUUAUAUUUCGAUGAUGAAAUGCUAAAUUUAAUUAUUAACUUUUCUUUAAAAUACGCACACGAUAAUAAUCGACCAAACUUUCGUUUAUACAAAGAACAAUUAUUAAAAUUUUUAGGUAUUGUUUUACUUUCUGGAUAUCACACAUUACCAACAAUUCCUAUGUUUUGGUCUAAUGAAAAAGACAAAGGAGUCGAAAUUGUCAAAAAAACCAUGAGUCGUAAUACAUUUCAGAACAUAAAACGAAACCUUCAUUUAUUAGAUAACAGUCUAUUAGAUCCAUCUGAUAAAUUUGCAAAAAUACGACCAUUCCUUCAGCUUAUAAACAAAAAAAAUUUACAAUUUGGUGUUUUUAGUCACAAUUUAUCUAUUGAUGAACAAAUGGUUCCAUAUUUUGGGCGCCAUUCAUGUAAAAUGUUUAUCAAAGGGAAACCGGUAAGAUUCGGUUUCAAACUUUGGUGUUUAUGUUCAUCUGACGGAUAUUUAUUUCAUUUUGAACCUUACGCUGGAGCCGCAAUGAAAACGGGAAAAUCAAAAUUAGGCUUGGGUGGUGAAGUAGUUAUGCAAUUACUCUCUGUAGUGAAAAAUCCUCAUGUUCAUCGGAUAUUUUUUGACAAUUUUUUUUCAUCGUUUGAUUUGUUUGUUGAAUUGAAAAAUAAAGUUUUUUUUGCUACCGGUACUGUACGCGAUAACAGAACGAAAAAUUGUCCGUUAGAAAACAUAAAAUGUACUUCAAAGAAGGAAAGGGGUUUUUUUGAUACAGCUUAUGAUACCUGUUCAAAAAUUUCUUUAGUACCAUGGAAUGAUCACUCCGUUGUCACUGUAAUUACUAACCAUUUGAAUGUGGAGCCAAUACAAUCAAUUAAGAGGUACAACAGAAAGAAAAAAAAGGAAACACUAGUUAAUCAACCUUAUGCGGUAUCAGAAUAUAAUAAAUUCAUGGGUGGUGUAGAUUUACACGAUAACGGAAUAGCCAACUAUAGAACAAGAGUAUUAGGAAAGAAGUGGUGGUGGCCACUAUUUAUUAAUUCAUUGGAUAGUGUCAUAAUAAACGCGUGGAAAUUAUACAAUACUGUCAAUAAUACUAAAAUGGCACAAUUGGAUUUUAAAUCACAUAUUGCAGUUCGGCUAAUGAAAUAUGAAAACGCAACACCUAAUACUGAACGAAACACGAGGUCAAACAGAGAAUUUGAAUCUUCCAAUGACCAUUUAAUAAAGAAUCACGACUCUAAAGCUCGUAGAAGAUGUAAAAUAUGCCAUAAACAUACUAUACAUAUGUGUAGUAAGUGUAAUGUUCAUUUACAUGUAGAGUGUUUUACGGACUAUCACAAUAAAUCGUUAUACUGUUAAUCCCAUUGGUGCGUUUUUGCACCAAUUUUAGUUUAAAUAUUUUUUAUAUUAAACUUUAUACUAAAGUUGGUAUUUGUUAGUAUAAUGUUGUAUUAGUAUUAUUAUUUAUUUACGACUAAUUUAUUACUUAGUUAAUAAAUGAUAAUCAAAAUUUUUGUGUGCUCUUGUUCACUUAUCUUACCAGUGGUGCAUUUUUGCACCAUCUCAUAUCUCACAAACAAUUUUUUGUUUCAAACACCUGUGUACAUUUUUAUACUCUUCAUUCCAUCUUAUCUUAAGGA